GGGCGCGGCUGGCGGGCCCCGGGGGGGCGCGGCGGGGCGGGAGCGGCGAGAGUCUGCCUGACCCGGGUGGGUUCCGGCAUCUUGACCCACGUUUGGUCAGGUCACUCUCCUGAGUGACACCGCCGUGGCGUCAGAGGAGCUGUCUUUCGGCCUGUGCGGCGGGAAACGCGGUGGCCUCAACGUCCUAAGAGGACAUACAAGAUUUAUUUCAAUUCAUUUAUAAGACUUCUUUAUGCACUGUUUUGAUUAUUUGGCUCAUUAGUCAUCCAGCCUGCUUUGGAUUUCUCCUGGUUUGGAUUAUACUUUUGUCAGUGAAAGGAAAUGGACUAGUAACUUGCAAGUUUUCUGGUCAAAGUAAAGAAGCAGUCCUUCCACUCCUCUUUGAAGAAUUUAACCUUGCUUUGUGGGAAGUCCCUGUAAUGGUACCUUCCCUGAGAGAGAGAGAGCGCACGCACGAACAGGGAGGGGCAGAGAGAGAGGGAGACCAGAAUCCAAAGCAGGCUCCAGGCUCCAAGCUGUCAGCACAGAGCCUGAUGUGGGGCUCGAACUCACCGUGAGAUCAUGACCUGAGCUGAAGUCGGACGCUCAACUGACUGAGCCACCCAGAAGCCGAAAUCCACUAAUCACCGUUCUUCAAAAUGCAAUGGAAUGUAUCAAGGUCUAUAUUCCGACUGGCACAUAGGACAUGCAUGGAACCACACUGUCAAAACAUAAAGGGACAAUUACUUUUGUAUAAAGCUGAAUCCAGAGUAGUUUUGGUACAGGGCCCUCAAAAACAAUGGCUGCACUUAUCAGCUGUCCAAUGUGUUGCAAAGGAAAAGAAGCCAUUUACUGCUCAUCCACCCCAACCAGGGGUCCUUCACCAUCAACAGUGGGAGCAAGAUAUUUUAUCCAAGAGGGUUAUAUCAUCCAAUGCCACAUCCCCAGGAACUCCUUCGGAAAGAAAGGAAGAGCCUGAUCCUUUACAAGACAAAUCUAUUAGUCUUUAUCAGCGAUUUAAGAAAACAUUUAGACAAUAUGGAAAAGUUUUGAUUCCAGUACAUCUAAUAACUUCUGGUGUUUGGUUUGGAACAUUUUAUUAUGCAGCCAUAAAAGGAGUGAAUGUCGUUCCUUUUCUAGAACUCAUUGGGUUACCUGACAGUAUAGUAAACAUUCUGAAAAAUUCCCAGAGUGGAAAUGCCCUAACAGCAUAUGCCUUGUUUAAGAUCGCAACACCUGCCCGAUAUACCGUGACUUUGGGAGGAACCUCCUUUACUGUGAAGUAUUUGCGUAGUCGGGGCUACAUGUCAACACCACCUCCUGUUAAGGAGUAUCUGCAGGACAGGAUGGAAGAGACCAAGGAGCUUCUCACAGAGAAAAUGGAAGAAACAAAGGAUAGACUCACUGAAAAAUUACAGGAAACCAAAGAAAAAGUUUCUUUUAAGAAAAAAGUGAAAUAGGGUGCCUUAUAUAACAAGUGACAGACAAUUUCUGCACUUUAACCCUUUGGAGACUGCACAAAGAUACAUGUUCCUGAUUAUUUUUUUGAUUAGCUGCCAAAAUAUACCAGUUCUCUGAGGGUUAAAGACCUAAGAUACCUUUUUAAGGUUAAAUAUUACUAAAAAAAUCAGUGUUCUUUUGGGAAAAAAAAAUGAACCCAGGUUAGAAUGAACAUCAAUACCAUUAAGCAGUGGUUAAUGUCUAAUAAGUCAGAUCUCUUUUUCAGGGUCUUCAGAAUCAUAUUUGCUUUGUGUUUUGUUGCAACUAUAAUAUAUGCAAUUGGGGCAGUUGACUCCUUGAAUACCUGAUGUGGCCCUAGACAGGAUGUUAACACUGGGUUUUCAUCUUUAUGUUAUACAUUGAGCUUUUAACUAUAUUCAUUUCUCAAUGUGGAGACAAAACUAUUAUCAAAACUGCUAGUGAAUAAGAGGAUGUUUAGUGUUUCUGUAAACACAGUAUAUAACAGUUACACACCAGUUAAAAUAUACACUUAAUAUGAAGGAAGUUGAAUAAAAAUGGAGUCAUACAUGUGUAAAUAAGAUGUAUUGGUUAUAUGUAAAUGAAAAAUUGAACCUUUGAAAAUGAUUUUUACCUGAAGCUUGUCAUAAUCAAAUUUUUUAAAACAAAUAUAAAUGGCCAUAUACACACCUA